ACACUGAACGCAAUCAACGCGGGAAGAAGUAACUGUUUUAGAUUAACGUCACUCCAUACAAGCAAACUUGUCAAAAAAGGAGACCGUUUUAUGAUAAUUCAUUAUUAAGAAUAGUUAAUUUAAUUAUUCGAAAAUUUACAAUAACAUUUAUAAACCUUUAAUUUUAUACGUUGUGUUCUAAACCGAAGUGAAGGUAGCUGUCGCGUCAGUAAUGCAUCGGAAACAUUUUUACUUACUUAACCUUUUCUACUACUAAAAACAGAUUAUUUUAUUAUGGAAAUAAAUGCUUCACCAUUAAACUUAUUAACCCGUAAAACUAAGGUGAAUCCAAAGACUUAUCUAAAAAUUAAACAAUACAAAAACAAUCUAAAAAGUGAUCUUGUCCAAUUGGAGAUAACGGAAGACAUAAAACGAGAGGGUUUGAGGGUUUUAAAUGAUGUUUUUGAGUCUUCGCCUAUUGACGAUGUUUUAAAAAUAAUUGGUACUUCAAAAUCUGAAGAUACAAGUGAAAAUUGUCUUAAAAAGAGCCCUCAACAACAAGUUAAGACUUAUGUUAAUAAAAGAAAAAUUACUACUACACCCCAAUCGAAAGUUUUGGAGAGUUUCGGCUUACCGGAUGAUCCAAUAGUUCCACUUAUAGGUGAUAAACUGAUUUUUAAAACUUUUAAAGGGUUGGAUAUUGAAAAAGGUUCGCCAGAAAAUGUUACGUUAGUGGAUAGUUUUAUUGGGAAAAUAUUUCAAGAGGAUUUAAAUGGGAUUUGUAAGAAAAUGAAGGAUAAUGAAGAUAAUAGAUUUAUUGGUAAUAAAAGAAAAUCAAACCUUGCUAAUAAUAAUAAAAGGCGAUCUAAGAAUGAUGACAAGGUAAAGACAAUCAAAAAAGAAACUGCUAUUGAUACUGAUUUCGCAAUAAUCAUUAAAGAAAAUUAUAACAAAAUGACGAAUAAACCAAAUGAUGUGAGUAAAAAUGAGGCGAUUGUUAUUAAGGGUAACCAAAAAAUUCAUGAGUUGAAACAAGAUUUUAACCAUGUUAAUAAAGAUGUGAAUAUUAAGGAAGAAAAUCAUAUUGUAGAAAAAGUAAAAGAUAAGAGGGGUAGGAAAAAGAAAAAUGGAAUUAGACAUAAUAAUCAACCAAAAAUUAAUGGAGCUCAUUUCAACAAUUUAAGUGAUAUAAUUAAUAGCAAAGUAACAGUUAAAGAAACAAUUGAAGAAAAUGAAAUUAAGUUAGAAGAAAAUAAUGAACUUGAUGACCAUCAUGAUCAAUUGGAUAUUGAAUUUUUUCCUGGAGAAUUAAUGUGGGCGAGAUUCGGAAAAUUCCCUUAUUGGCCUUGUAUGGUUACUUCACAUCCACAAACCGACAAAACUACCCGAUAUAUCAAUAGUCAAAAAUUAGAGGUCUAUGUUCGUUUUUUUGGAGAUAGAGGAAGGUGUUCAUGGAUACCAAAAACACAUCUGUUACCUUAUUCAACUCUUGAAGAAUUGGACCAAUGUUUAAGUAUUAAUAAAAAGCAUUUGGCGCAUGCUAGUGCAAGAUCUCAUUACGUUAAAAAUUGGAGAGUGGCAAUACGGGAAGCGGAUUCACUCAAAAAUAAGUCGUUAGAUGAAAAAUUUAAAUUUUUCGAAGCGGUUUUAAAGGAACAAGAAGAAAUUUUACGCGAGAAAAAGUUAAAAAAACAAUUAAACCGAGUUGCAAAACGCAAAUUAUCCCUGGAAGAUAACAAAGAUGUUAUACCUCUUGCACAAAAUGAGAUAAAUUCGCCGCCCGCAAAACGAAAACGUAUCAAAAGUGAGGAAAUCGUUGAUAAUAACAUUGAUAAUAUCGAAAAUAAACCGUUUUCGGUCACUUUAGAGGAACAAACGUUGCUUUAUAAACGCAAUAAUUUAUUUAAAGGAGUUACGCGAGAGAAAGUUUGUCAUUUUUGUUUAAAAUCUGGAAUUGUUUUAAGGUGCAAAGGUAAAUGUCAAGGUUUUUACCAUUCCGAAUGUAUUAAAAAAAAUGCUGAAUCGUUAUCAAACAAAAACAACAGUUUUAACAAAACACAGGUUAAAAUAGUUUCCAUAAAAGAUCGGAGGCGAUUAACACCAACGAAUUUAAAUCUUAAUGAACAAUCCGACGAAUUUAAAGAAUUGAGUUUAAGCGAUAAAAUCGAUAGUAAAAUGAAUGAAGUUAUGAAAGACUUCAAUGAUAAAGCGUUGUAUUUAGAAUCAACCGACAGUAGUUGCUAUGAAAGUUCUGUUGAUCUUAAUGCAGACGAUUUAGAUUCAAUUGAUAAUGAUAUUUGUAAAAGUUGUUUAAUAAAUUCCUCACCCACUGUGUGUUUUAUCUGUGAAAAUAAUUUUGAAUACAACCCCAAUGAUGGAUCGUUUUCAAAAAGUGAGGUUGAGAUGAAUAGUAGCUUAGAUAAACAAAACGGAAGUAUAAGCGGCGACGUAACUCCAAAAGUCGAGGAAGAAAAUCAUGUGCAACGUUGUUCUUCGUCAAAAUGUAACAAAUUCUUUCAUCCGCAUUGCUUAAAAAAAUGGCCCCAAACGCAAUGGUCGAUUACAUCAACAAGAAAACAUAAAUCACCUGGAAUAAAUUCAAAUUCAAACGAAUUCAUUUGUCCCACUCACUUUUGCCACAUUUGCGUUUACGAUGAUCCAAGAUCCUUAACAUCUCGUUUUUACGGUGACAAACUAGUAAAAUGUAUUUAUUGUCCAACAACGUAUCAUAUGGCAACGUGCUGUAUUCCCGCAGGGACACAAAUUUUAAGUUCUACCCAAAUCAUUUGCACAAAACAUUUUGGAGCGAGCUUUCACCAAUCAAAUUCUUCCACAAAAACAAAACGAAUUCUUCCGAUAAAUACGACAUGGUGUUUUAUUUGUUCAAAAGGAGGUGCGCUAAUUUGUUGCGAAACAUGUCCAACGAGCGUUCACGCUGAAUGCGUGGCCGUUAAAUACGACGUUGACGAUAAAUUUAUUUGUGAGGAUUGUGAAUUUGGACGGUUUCCACUUUACGACGAAGUUGUUUGGGUAAAAUUGGGGUAUUAUCGAUGGUGGCCAGCGUUGAUUAUGUUUCCAAAUGAGGUCCCUGACAAGAUAAACGAAAUGAAACACAGACCUGGUGAGUUUGUGGUUAUGUUUUUUGGAACUUACAAUUAUUAUUGGAUCGGAAGGGAACGUGUUUUUGUCUUUGAGGAAGGUGACGAUUCCGGAAGUGGUGGAGGAAACGGGCAAAAAAAGAAGAUGGAGGAGAUUUUUAAGAAAUCCAUUGAAGAGGCCACACAAGCUUUUUUAUUAAAAAGAGAAUUUAAAGAGUCGUAUAAAAAUAAAUCAAGAAUUCGACCCCCACCAUACGUAAAAAUUAAAGUAAAUCGUCCCGUAGGAAAUGUAAGACAAUUCGACGGCAACAUAAGCAAUACAACACCUUGCGAGUGUAGUAAACUACAAGAAAACCCAUGCGGUCCAGACAGCGACUGUUUAAAUAGAUUACUUUUAACCGAAUGCGAUCCCACGGUUUGCCCGGCAGGUUCAAAUUGUCAAAAUCAAUGUUUUGAACAAAGAAUUUACCCCGAUUUGGUACCAUAUAAAACUGAAGCGCGCGGUUGGGGUUUAAAAUCUUUAGAACCGUUAAGAAAGGGUCAAUUCAUUAUCGAAUAUGUAGGCGAAAUGAUCGAUGAAAUCGAAUAUCAACGAAGAAUUAAGCAAAUGAAUGAAAUAAAAGAAGAUAACUAUUAUUUUUUAACAAUUGAUAAAGAUCGGAUGAUCGAUGCUGGUCUCAAAGGUAAUUUAGCACGAUUUAUGAAUCAUAGUUGUAAACCAAAUUGUGAAACACAAAAAUGGACCGUUAACGGAGAUACAAGAGUCGGUUUAUUUGCUUUAGAAGACAUCCCAGAAAACGUCGAGUUAACCUUUAAUUAUAAUUUAGAAUGUAUUGGGAAGGAGAAAAAGAUUUGUUUAUGCGGAGCAUCGAAUUGUAGUGGUUUUAUCGGGGUUAAAGUGAACAAACCCCAAACAACAUCGAAUAAUAUGAGGAAAAAGCGAAAAAAGCGAUCUAAAAAACGACAUUUAGAAAGUAUUCAAAGUACCAUUAAGAAAUGUUUUGUUUGUGGGUUAAUAGAUGAGGAUUUGAAGUUGUGCGACAACAAGAGCUGUUUAAAUUAUUAUCAUUUGAAAUGCGUGGGAUUAGAAAAUUGGCCAGAAAAUAAUAGAAAAUGGAUUUGUCCAUGGCAUACAUGCACGAUUUGUACACAACGCACAAUUCGGUGUUGUACGAAAUGUUUAAAUUCUUAUUGCCCGAAACAUUCUGAAGGUAAUAUCCGUCAUGAUGAUAAAAAUGGAUUCGUCUGUUCCAUGCAUGAUUCGUUAAGACAACCAAAAGAAGUCGAAUUUCAUACCGUUGAUGUUGAUGAAAAUGAGACGAGUUUAACCGCAGCGAAUGCUACUGUAAUAAAUAAUGAAGAGUUAGAAAAAAAAGAUAAACAAUAUUUAGAGAAAGAAGGCAAAAACAAUUUCUUAGGCGUUGACCAAAAGAUAAAUGGUUUAAUAAUUUUAACACCAAAUAAAAUAAAUUCGAAAAGAAAACGAAACAAUAAAAAUAACACAAAUUCAUUUAAAAGUAAACGUAAACGUUCUGAUGUUGGUAACACUAACAGUGUCCAAGAAAAACGGACUUUAAGAAGUGGAUCAGUGACUAAUAAUAAUGUAGUUAAUGAAAAACUUUGAAGUAAGGCAUAAUUUUUUUGUAUAAUUGUAUAUUUUUUUUGUAUAUUCAAUAUUUAAUAAUUGCUAUUUAUAGUUUUUAAUUUUAUAUAACUUUGUCAUAUAUGAUUCUUUAAUGCAUAAUAUGUUCUUUAUAAAAAUUAAGUUGUAAAGUAAGAAAAAAAUAUUUCGAAGACUUUAUAUUACUGAUGGAAUAAAUUUUUUA